CGUAGUGUUUCAGGAGUGUAAUACACCAAUUAAGUUAGAGUUUUUUUUGUUUCAGAACGAAGAGUAGACUGGUAAUUUUCAACAAUUUUGUGAUCCGUAAAGGCUGACUCAGCAACUACAUUAUGUUGUCGACUCUCCGCGUGUCCACGGGCCGGGCGACUCGGCCAUGUUCUCGGAUGUUGCAGGGCCUGCAGCGAAGGACUUUCUUCGGCGUGAAAAAUCCGAUGGAGGUAGGAAACGUCGUCUUGUUGAUAGAGCAACGUUAGAAUCCUGAGUCUGUGAGUUUUGAUAUGUGGUCUCUACUCAGAUUAGGCAUUUCUUUGAUAUCAAUAUUCAUCACACACAUUCCCUGGCAAGCAUGUGCUACUUAAAUAUCUACAUCAGAUUGUCCUUGACAAUCCUCGACCUUUCCAACACCAACAGACCGGCGAGGGCGGUAUGUUCGUGACGAAGUAUAAGAUAGUGAAGCCAGGCAAAGCAGGCAUCGAUUGGGACGAUUUUUUGCUGACACUACCAUCCCGCGAUCAGCUCGGGUCAGAGACGAAACAAGUAGAGACGUUUCUUAAUUAUGACGAAUAUGCAUUUGACUUUGAGAGAACAUGUAUAACGAUAACUUUCUCUUAGCGAAUCUUUCUUGUGUGCAAGUGCACGCAGUUGCCUUCUCGUACUAGUGUCGUGUGGUGUCCAUCUUUACUAGCCCAUGAGGCAGCACUCGCUUGAGUGACCUUCGCAUCAGAAAUCUUCUUUCGCAUAGGCGAAACCUAGAUAGAACCUCCACCAUCAAGUAGUAAACGACUUCUCAUUUUUUUAUAAUAAACAUAUUUAUGAAUAUUUAUAAACCUCGUAGUCCUAGUCGUAGAUUUAUUUCUUCAAGCAAUUAUCGAACCCGACGCCCCUCUUCUAAUGAAAGUACCUCAAAGUGGUCACAGACCAUGAGAAGCGGCCAAAGGAUUUCCAGGAUUUCCUAAAGCGCGCGAAAGACGGACUUAACGUAGAAGCCGACGUCUACGUGUCAACGGAAGAACUACUCAGCGUGAUGUGGCAAAACGGAUAUGCUGAUAAGGUAAAGUUAGGAAUCUCGGUGUAUGAGGUGACAUUUUCAGUAGAAGUAGCAUUUUUUCAGAAUAAACGAAUACGCGGAUGAGGUGAGGUUUUCAGUGAAGACUAUAAAUUUUUUUAGACCUCCAGGACUUUUCUCGUUGCACCACGUAAAGAUUUUUGGAAAAAUGCAGCCAGGUGCAAGACCUGGGGCACAGCCAUACACCCCGGCAAUCGCGUGACUGUAGGCCUCCGGUGUCGUCGACAUUCGCAGAGAGGCAACCGCCGAGGGUACCUGGCUCGCCGUCCAUGGGGCCAACCUCCGACGCGGAGGUCUGAGCCAGGCAAGGGGUGCCCGAAAGCGGCACUUUUUGGCCAGAACUGAAAGCCUCACCCUAUCCGCAUAUCCGUUUAUUUCUACACCGAGGUUUUCAGUAGAGACUAUAAAUUUUUACGAAGCUCCUGGCUGAUACGUUCUUGCAGUCCACUUUGCUCACUACCCACCUAACACAAAAACGGAUGUCCCGUUUGCAGCAGCUGCACGUAGUAGAUACAUUUCUCAUCAUCUCUCCACAUCACAGGAGCGCACCUCACUGCAGUACACCUUUCCUGCUGAUUACAAGUUUCACUAUCCUGAACUGGCCGUGCUCUUCGACCUGAGUGAAGAGGAUGCGUACAAGUACUGCAUGAGAGUGAGGAUAGAGGCAUCUCACAUCGGUCAACUCCAAACGCAGAAGAUGAAGGAAGGAGGAUGGGUGCGAGAUCACUGGUAGUUUUUGACAGGGCUAAUCUUCCUUCUUCAGUAUCUCGCUUAUUUUAUUUAAGUAGUUACUCGCUUAUUUCAGUUUACCGAAUAGAGUUUCCCUUUAGAUUUUGUAGGGACCUGUUUGUCAACUGGAUACUUACGCAAACAUACGCACGCAUUUAUCCACAGACACCCUCCAGCAUCCUCCCUGUUCAGGUUGAUCUUCGGAGCAUCCAUCUUCAUGCUGAAGACGUUUCCGUUUUUUAACUACUAUUUCGCCCUGAAGAGUUUCGGGACAGGCAUGGUGAUGUGGACCUCGUAUACUGCAUUUGGUUAUGGCGAUUCGAUGUUGUUACUCAGAUCGGUUUGAUGGCUUUGCCCAUUUAGGAAAUUUACAAUUUUAUGACCCUCGCUGCAGCUGCUGGUUUGUUACGUCGACCAUCAGGUUCUUCGUAUACCACCUACAUCUGCAUGCAAAAGCGAUAGAAGCUACUAAUAAAGAAAGACAGAGCAUCAACAAAAUUUUUGAGAUCAAUCUACAUCUUCCAUCACUUCUAACCGACCCGAUACAUUGGCGACGUGGUCUCUCGAAACGAAUUUAUGGCACAGCAGAAGACGGCUAGCGACGUAAUGGAGGGAGAGGACAAGAUCAUGGCAGCAAUGAAGAGAUUCGCCAACGACUCAAGCUGUCUCGACAAAUUAGCGUCCUUCAGCUCGGAUAUGGGGGUACUAGUUUUUUCUUGAUCUGGAGUUGAGAGUGAGCUCGUGUUUUUUUCGAUUUUUGUGGACGAGGAAGUAGCUAUUAAAAAAGGAUCAUUGGAGGUACUUUUGUUGCUUAAUCAUGUUCAGCUACUUCCUGUCGUUUGAUUUAACACAGCCAUCGAUGGCGACCUAUCGGAAGGCAUUGAUCGAUCAGGAGAGGCAUUCGCUGCUAUCGAAGGCACAAAAGCAGCUCUCGAAUAUCCUAGCGUUUGAGGACUCAACGUCUGCUAAGCUGCAGGAAUCCAUAGUAAAGGAGGUGAAAUCCGAUUUCCAAAGAAAAUUUACAGGGGAUAAAGGUUAUGAAAUCUUCCGUCGCUACGAAAACGCUUCUUCGAGUAUUUGAAGCAAAGACUAGUGCUCUGGCUCUAUUGAUAGAUAUAUUUUGUUGUUUAAAGAGAUGUGGCGACUUGGUCUUCUUUGGUUCAAAAUCAUUAUUUUACGUGCGAGGUCAUGAGCAUCAUGAAAGAGAUUCCUAGAUGUUGCACCCCUAUCGACCAGCACUUAGCCUUCAUCUUCUCCUCCCUCUACUCCCUUCAUACCCCAAUGCAGUCAGCGGCUUUCGAAUCUGCGUUAGCCGGUAUUGCUGGUGGCAAGGGCAACGACCCAGUUCUUGGGUUUUUCGCCACUAGCUUGAAAGCCAUCGAUCUUUCAGGCAAAGCGAAGGCGAAUUUACGGUUAGCUUUUAUCCAGCUUUCUCAACAUCUCGAUACCUUUUUCCCUUGUGUUUCAUGCGAAAGGGGUCGAGCUGAGGGCACCGAGAUGAAUAAAAGCUGACUCUAACGACUGCAGCAGGCUCAGUGAGCGAGCGACUAGCGCACUUACAGGCCGAGCAGGAGAAGGAGUUCGUAAAAACGUUCUACAUCAGUGGUGAGGAGGCGGCAACCGCAAAGAAGUCAGGAAAUGAACAGAGUAUGCAGCAGCUGUACGCGAAGGUCGGAUACCAUGUGCUUGGCUCUUUUGGGCUUACGGAGGUAUUUCGAGAGUCUGUUGCAGUUUCUCAGACGUGUUUUCUCUUUCGCACCCUGUCCAAAUGACACCUUGUUUCAAAAAGAUUAAGAUUUUCGUCUUCAAGAGCAUCACAUUGACUGACUUCUCCAAGUUGGGUAGUAUCCCGAGAAAACUUCUCCUGAUACUCACUCUCCUUUCCAGGUACCAGAGAAGCCUAGUAUGCCGUCAGCGGACAAAUAUGUCGGAGAGAUUGCGGAUGCAGCGAGCAAGUUGGGCAAAGAAAUCGAAAAGAAGCGACUUGACAGCUUCCAAGCUGCUUUUGCCUAAGUGAUACAGAUACUUUUUGAACCCGUGAUGCUUGUUACCUUGUUUGUCUUAGCAUUUUCCCAAUUCCGCUUAUUUCUACUGGCUUUCUGUGGCAUGUUCAAUGCUCUUGGUUGUGUUUCACGUAAAUACCUCGCACAGCGCACGAUGGUUCUUGUCUCGGAGAAUGCUUCGCCAUGCCGCUGUCUUCGGGCUCAUGUGAUUGAUUCUCACAUUUUUCCUUCCUCGUUACUCAUCUUAUAUAUGGGACAAACUCUGAUGAUGUGAUCAGCAUCCGUUGAUUCCAACCUACUGGGUAGUACAAAGAUUCUUACGACCUUUAGAUUCAGCGCCUACCCUAAUCGCUCAGAAGGCCAAAGAGUCGAAAAAUCCAGGAAAGAAAGAGAAACCCAAUUAUCUAUAAAGUAAGUACCAGGCUAAAGAUCUUCAUCUUUCUCAACAAAGCCAUGCCGAGA